AUGGGUUGGCCAAGUCAUUGUGAUCUCUCCAACGAGAAUGCUCAAUAUGACUACUGUGCAAAUGGUCCUGCAGCUAUUGUCUUCUCCGUUCUGUUCGGAUUGACUUGGAUCGCCCAUGCUGCUCAAGCAUUCCAAUACCGCAAGAAGUUCUGCUGGGUCAUUAUAUUAGGCACAUUAUGGGAAUGUCUUGGAUUGGUCAUGCGAACCUUUUCAACGAUUAAUCAGACAAAAUCAACAACAGCAUCAGCUGGGCAGCUGCUGGUUUUGCUAGCCCCGCUGUGGAUCAAUGCCUAUGUCUAUAUGAUCUUCGGUCGCAUGGUCUACUACUACUUGCCAGAGAAGGAGAUUAUGGGCAUUAAGGCUGAAAAGCUGUCUAUGAUCUUUAUCUGGUUGGAUGUCAGCUCCUUCUUCAUCCAAGCGACCGGCGGUAUUAUGGACUCCGACUGGAGCAACCAAAUGGACAUAAUCGGUUUGCACGUCUACACCGGUGGUAUUGCACUGCAACAGUUCUUUAUCCUGUGUUUCUCCUACCUAUUAUUCGUCUUUCAUCGACGCAUGCGACAGGGCGGUGGUGAUUUUGGUCGGGGUCGCCAAUGGCACACUUUGACAAUCGCCAUGUACGCCACUUUGGCUUGUAUCACGAUCCGAAUUAUCUACCGUCUGGUUGAAUACGCCGACACCAACACAGCUGGUACCAGUCCACUGACAACCAACGAGGCACCCUUCUACUGCCUUGAAUGUCUGCCUAUGCUGACAGCUAUGGUGAUCUGGAACGUUUACCACCCGGGUCGCUUCCUUCAAGGUGAAGAUAGUGACUUCCCUAAGAAGGCAAAGAUCUCCCGCAAGGAGAAACGUCGCAUGAAGAAGGAGGGCAAGGAGCUGAAGGAACAGAACCGAUUGUCAAGUGCCAGUACCUCCGAGUAUCAGCUGACAAAGUCUACUGAUGAGGAUCAUGGUCUGGAAGAAGGCAUUGACAACAGUUAUCGAGGCGCUGGUGGCCGGUACGAGGGUUACCGAACGUAA